GUUCGUGUCAGCUUGCCUCAUCGCCGGUCCAAUCCCUCCCAACGAGAACGAUACUCGCUUUCGCCAAGCUUCAAGCUUCAGUCCACGUUAUUAUUGUGCUGCUACAUAGUAAACAUUGUACAAACGCUACCACAAUAAAGAAAAGAUUUAUCGACGUCUGUCCUGCUUUGUAUUAAAAUGAAAAAAAUAAGAUCCGGGGUGAAAUAGGCAUCUUCGGAAUUAUAUUUUUAUCGCUGCGGAGAAAAAGACAGCUCAAAACUGUAUAAUUACUGUGUUAUCUUUCCUGUGCGAUGUUGGGGGAAAGUUUUGUUUAACAAGUUGGAUCUGAUCGUCUGCUGGCAAUUAUUGCGAAUGUGUAUUGAAACGUUCAUCGCUAUCCACGGGCGCACUGCUAUGCGCCACGAUUUAGUGCAUUUUAUAAGACACACAUCUUCUGACCACUACUGCGAAGGAAGACUUUAGUUUCUGAGGCAGAUCGCUUAAUGGCGUUACUGAGCAUCCGCGGUGAUUGGUAUUUGUAUAUUUGGCUCAUAUAUCGUAAAAUCUAUUCAGCCAUUAUAUGGUUGCUUGGCAAUCACUGCCGAAGUGAUAAGGGCCGGUCUGUGAUAAGCGCCGGUGUUAACAGCCAGUCGAUUGGAAGCCUCCACAGAGUGCGGUCGCGUCGCAGAAAAUUACAACAGCACCGUGUUAAGCAUAUCGCACUAGUGAGGAGACCUUCCUUGAGAAGAAUAGUGAUGGCACCCGGAGCUAGCACUGCCCACACCAUGAUGGAGGACAAAGAGAAAACUCUUUCGAAUGUACUUUGUACAGUGUCGAUGCGCAGGCGUCGCAUCAGUCAGUUUGCACCAUUGCUGAUCGCGCUGGUCGGUUUGCCGGCGCGGGGCAAAAGCCAGCUGGCUCACCGCCUCGCCAGGCACCUCAACUGGAAUGGGGAGAGCACUAAAGUGUUCGACUGCAGCGAGUACCGUCGUCGCCAUAUGGCUUUGUACGGCAGCCAUGAUAUCUUCCGCGCUGACAACCAGCAAGGUUCAGCCAUUCGCCGUCAAAGCGCACGCGAGGCCGUACAAGACGCCGUGCUGUGGCUUAAAGACGGGAAUAGUGUUGCUAUUUUCGAUGGCACCAACAUAACCAGGGAACAACGUAGGGAUCUAAACGAGUACUGUAUCACUGAUAUGGGCUUCAGGAUUUUAUUCAUCGAGUGCGUUUGCGAGGAUCAAGAAUUGCUCGAAAGAAACAUUAUAGAGAUCCUCCACUACUCCGCCGACUAUAAGGCUAUGACUGAGGAGGAAGCCAUAGAUGACUUGCGUAAGAAAUUAGAACACUAUAUGCGUCAGUAUGAACCAAUUGAUGCUAAUUUGGAAAACAAUCUGAACUUUGUACGCGUUGAAAACAUGGGGGAGAUAGUAACGGCGCAUAAAGUUUAUGGACAGAAGGAGUCUGGAAUCCUCGGUUAUCUGUCUGGAAUGAGGGCUUUACCCCAAACCUUAUACUUCACUCGGCACGGGGAAAGCGAGUACAAUGUGCUCGGUCGUAUCGGCGGCGACGCGGUCCUCUCCCCCCGCGGUGAGAGCUACGCGCAUGCGCUGGCCGAGCACAUGAACGGGCUGGCGGUCCGCGAGCCGCUCACUGUGUGGACGUCCGAGCUGCGGCGCACGAAGCAGACCGCGGCCGAGAUACUAGCGCCGAAGAGAGCCGUCCGAGCUUUGAACGAGCUUGAUGCUGGUAUUUGCGAAGGUCUGACUUACGAGGAAAUGCAAGAACGUUUCCCCCAAGAGUUCGCAUGGCGCGACCAAGAUAAGUUGCGCUACCGGUAUCCUUGGGGCGAAUCCUAUAUUGACAUCAUGACCAGACUACGUCCAGUUCUCUCUGCGUUGGAGGAUGAACACAAUGUCGUGGUAGUGGGGCACCAGGCUGUGUUGCGAUGCAUGUUGGGAUAUUUUCUUGAUGCUAAGCUUGAUGAACUACCGUACAUGAAUGUACCCCUUCAUACCAUAGUGAAGCUGACAUCAUACGGAUACAAAUACAAUAUUGAAAUGAUAAAGCUGCCCAUAGACUGUGUGGAUACACACCGCAAGCAGCCUAAGAACUGCUCAAUCAACCGCAGCACAGCGGACGCACUCGUAACCGUACCAUCUCACUACGACACGUUGCCUUCAAACCUCUGGCAAAAUUCUGAAGCUCAACUUUAGACUGCCGCGUGGGCUGCGGUCCGCUAACUACCUGAUCUACAUUAACUCUGGCCCACCGGUGUGAGUAGCCCUGGCCCGAGUCAUCUAGUGUGUAGAGGCCUGAGGCCGGAGUCGUCUAGCGUAUAGAGGUUCGAGGUCCGAGUCCUCUAGUGUGUAGAGUCCCGAGGCCGUUUCGCGGUUGUGAUAGACCGCGAAGGAUGUACAGAAGCCGUGUAGCGAUCAAACUAUGUGACUCGUUUCUUAGCAGUACGCGAGAAUGUGACGGGUGUAUGAAUGUUUUGAACCGUCUACAAGACUGAAGGAAUUUGUCCGAAGCAUCGUGCAGUGUAUUUUGUGUUCUUAUUUUAGCGAUCGGUUUCCGUUAUUUUAUGUUUAUCGUAUAUUUUUGUCAGUUAUUAGAUUAUGUUUACUUUAAUGUAACUUACAUUUUCUGUUAGUUAUGUAAAUCAUUUUAUUGAUCUACACGAUUAUGAUAUACA